AUGGGUUUAACGUUAAUUUCAGCUUUAGUGAUUCGAGAACCAGGAGAUGCUGCAAGUCACGUGGCUACAAACCCCAGCGCCAGUGGUAGCAAUGUUAACAACAACAACAAUUCUGGGACACCCGAGCCAUACCCAAGGCAUCAUCCUGACUAUUUGGUUCCAAUAACUAAUAUCCUUCGCAUCAUGAAGCGUAUCUUGCCGCCAAAUGUCAAGGUUUCUGAAGAGGUCAAGACAACCAUCCAAGAAUGUCUUUCAGAGUACAUUCACUUCAUCACUGGGGAAGCUAAUGAACGCUGUCACUGUGAGCAACGCAAGACCAUCAUUGCCGAGGAUCUUUUGUAUGCUUGUGCAAGGCUUGGAUUUAGCAACUAUAUCGGUCCUCUCACUCUUUUUCUGGAGCGAUAUCGUCAAAAUGAAGCUGCUAAAAAUAUUAUACAUGGGGACGCUUCUGUUAGGCGCACCACUUAUUUUCCAGAUGCGCAGGGCCCUCCUCCUUUGCUUACUUCUACACCACCUCUCUUACCUCCAAUGAAUCUGACUUUUCAAGUUGGUGAAGAUCAUCAGGGGUUCUUUAUUAAUCCAGCAUUGAUGUUGAAUGAUUUGUACUUUCAAAAUGUUCGUGAGACUGAUCAUGGCGAUCGGUUUGACGUUGUUGGUUCUUCUUCAAAUCUUGACUUUCCGGCGCUAGCUCCUUUUUCCUAUGGCUUUUAUACUGGGGCUUCUUCUCCACCUGGGUCUUAUCCUUAUGGUCAUGGCCCUAAUCAUGGACAGUGA